AUGGUUGCUGCUGCUGUACUUGAUGUUGUUGCAACAGAGAAGGAUGCUGCUGUGCUUGGGACUGGUGCAAGGCAUGAUGGUGCUGUUGCUGGGGAUGUUGCUGCAGAAUGGGGUGCUGUUGUUGCUGCGACUGCGGCUGCGGCUGUUGAGCUUGUACCUGUGUUUGCGCUUGUGGCUGUUGAUAUUGGCGCUGAUAUGCAUGAUGGAACUGAAGCUGCUGUGGUUGAGGCUGGUAUGGCGACCGUUGAGCCUGCUGCUGCUGGAACCUUGACUGUUGUUGCUGGUAUGUUUGCUGGGCUUGCUGCUGCUGGGCCUGAGUAUGAGCGGGUUGUUGGGUCUGCUGUGCUGCUUGCUGCUGAGCCUGCUGCUGAGCCUGCUGUUGCGCCUGUUGCUGAGCCUGCUGUUGAGCUUGUUGCUGCGCCUGUUGCUGAGCCUGCUGCUGGGCCUUUUGCUGUGCUUGCUGUUGAGCUUGCUGCUGAGCCUGUUGUUGCGCCUGUUGCUGAGCCUGCUGCUGGGCUUGCUGAGCUUUCUGCUGGGCCUGUUGCUGGGCUUGUUGUUGAGCCUGCUGGGCUUGUUGUUGAGCCUGCUGAGCUUUCUGCUGAGCUUGUUGCUGUGCCUGCUGCUGAGCUUGCUGUGCCUGCUGCUGCUGAUACGUCUGAUGGGCAUGUUGCUGGUAAGGAGACUGCUGAGCCUGAGCCUGAUAGGGAGAAGCCUGAUGCUGGGCCUGCGGAUAUUGGGCCUGCGGAUACUGGGCCUGCUGCGCUUGAUACGGCGAUGCUUGAGCUUGCUGGUAAGGGGAUUGCUGCUGCGUAUGCUGGUACGGCGACGCUUGUUGUGUCUGUUGAUACGCGGACUGAGGGAAGGCAUGCUGAGGCUGGGCGGUGGUCAGCAUCGGCGACGCCGCAGCAGAGGUUUGCGUCGUGGGAUGCGUGUGCGGCGUCUGUCGAUGCUGAAGAUGUUGCUGUUGCAGUCGGUCAAAAGACUGCUGGGGAGAAGCAAGACCCAUCGCAUGCGCAUGCGGGGACAUGGCAGCCUGCGCAUUCAUCGUGGGAUGAGUACGGAAAUUGGCCAUGGGGUUCAUAUUCCGUUGCAGGCUUUGCAAGGAUAGAUAGGGAUCUUUCAGCUGGCCAACGGAGUCGGCAUUGCGAGACAGCAGAUCGGACGAGCCCUGUGGCGGGUAAUGUCCGGAGAACGGACUAUAAUGGCCGCCCGUGGGGAGGCCGACUACAGGGCCUGUGGAGGAUGGGGUCAUUUUGCGGAGAUCUGGGGACUGAGCCGCCAAUUCCACCUGCGAUUGACCCCGGAAUAGGGCGCCAUUACUGGCCAUACCGGGAGCAUGAUGGGGAUGAGCAGCAGCCGCGGCAGUCAUGGACGGGGACUGCAGAUGGUGCUGCUGUUGGUGCUGCGGAUGAGCAUUUUGCUGGGGCGGGCGUUGUUGAUGAAACGAAUGCCCAUUAUAGCCCAUCAUCUUGA